AUGGCUUCUACCUUCCAACACCUCACCUUCCUCCUCCUCAUCUUCUGUGCACCAGCCACCGCCGUUGAUUUCAGCUAUCCGGCAGUUUUUAACUUCGGUGACUCCAAUUCUGACACCGGCAACCUAGUGGCCGGCAUGGCCGACCACCUCGAGCCGCCCAACGGCCAGACUUACUUCCAGAAGCCCUCAGGACGGUUCUGUGAUGGCCGAUUGAUCAUCGACUUUCUGAUGGAUGCAAUGGACUUGCCCUUGUUGAAUCCAUAUUUGGAGUCAAUUGCAGCACCGAUUUUCAGAAGAGGGUGCAACUUUGCAGCUGCAGGCGCCACCACUCUUCCGCCAACGCCUUACUCAGUUUGUCCGUUUUCGUUCAAGAUUCAAGUAGCUCAGUUUCUGAGGUUCAAGGCACAAGCUGUGGAUAUCCUCACUAAAUCCACGAGAUUCGACAAAUACCUGCCGGCUCAGGAUUACUUCCAGAAGGCGCUCUACAUGUUCGACAUAGGCCAAAAUGAUCUGGCGGGCGCCUUCUACUCCAAGACAGCUGAUCAAGUUCUUGCUUCAAUCCCAACAAUUUUAUCAGAAUUUGAAGAAGGAAUUGAGAAACUGUACGACGAAGGAGCUAGAGAUUUCUGGAUUCACAACACCGGCCCCCUUGGCUGCUUGCCUCAAAACAUUGCCAAAUUCGGCAGAGAUGCUUCGAAGCUAGAUGAGCUUGGAUGCGUCAACUCUCACAACCAAGCUUCAAAACUUUUCAACCUGCAACUGCACGCUCUCUGUAAAAAAUUGCAGGGACAGUAUCAAGAUGCAAACGUCACGUAUGUCGACAUUUACACAAUUAAGUCCAACCUCAUUGCAAACUACUCUAGAUAUGGGUUCGAACAGGCGUUGAUGGCGUGCUGUGGAUAUGGAGGACCACCACUGAACUACGACAUACGGGUUCCUUGCGGUAAGACCAAGGUCGUGAAUGGGAUUUCAGUGACGGCCAAGGGAUGCAAUGAUACUACAGAAUACAUAAGCUGGGAUGGAAUCCAUUACACUGAGGCUGCAAAUCAGUAUGUUGCCUCACAGAUUCUCACUGGAAAAUACUCUGAUCCACCCUUUGCUGACAAAAUGCCUUUCCUUUUAAAGCUCAAAUUCUGAAGAUUCUAUAUAUUUGUUAACAUGAGAUAGUAACCCUAUUGAUUCAUUCCA